AUGAUGCAAAGCAAGAUUAUUUCAACUCAAUUACGUACAACUGUCACCAACUUAAGGACCAGAUUAGUUGGAGGCUCUAGGCUAAUUAAAUUAUCUCCAGUUUUCGCCACAUCGGCAUUUACGGUUGCACCAAGGUUUGCUUAUACGACCAAAGCUUCACAGACGCCUGAGAACCAAUUAAAAGAAGUAUUGAAGUCCGAAUUAAAAAUAUCGAAUACUAUACCUAAUGAAUUGGACUCAAUAUACUCCGAUUAUUUAAAUAAGUCUGGAUUCACAGUGGAAGAAACUAGUGGUAACUCAAACGUUCAAUUGAUAAAAGAAGCGAAUGGUGAAAUUGUUAGAGUCUUCUUCGAUAUCGACGAGGUUACAGAUAUUCCCAUCCAAGAUGAAAUGGCAGAACAGGAAGACCUUAAUGAGGAAGUAGACUCAUUGGAGUCCAUGUUAUGUAAUGUCAAAAUUUUGAUCGAAAAUUCGACUACUGGAAAUGGAUUGCUUCUUAACUUGUUUUUGCAGAACUCUGAAAGUUCCUUCUUAAUCGACUUUGCAGUUUACAAGCCCGAAGUAAAUGCCUAUUUGGAUAAUCAAGUUACCAGAGGUGAAUUCUUGGAUAAGUUCCAGUAUCAAGGUCCAAGAUUCUCUGAUUUGGAUGAAUCACUUCAGGCAACAUUCGAGAGCUACUUAGAUUCUAAAGGAAUCAACAAUGAGCUUGCGGAAUUUAUCAUCAGCUUUUCUGAGUUUAAAGAAGAGAAAGAAUACAGAAAGUGGUUAGGCGACUUGGCAGGUUUCUUAGAUUGA